CUCCAAAAUGUAUUUCAAGCAUAUGUUUCCUCAAUAUUUCGAAUUUAUGAUUAUGACGUAGAACUUUAUACCGAUAAUUCCCUUGCUCCGACAAUUGACAAGUAAAACUAAUUUAAUCUUUAUUAAUUAGAUAAUGAAGUGUAACUAACAUUGCCAGUUCUUUUACAAUUAAAUUAGUGUAAUUCCUAUAAAACCAUGAAUGUAAACAAACUCCCUCUCCUACUGUCGUCAUCUUAUUUUCCUUGGUUAUCAUUACGUAACGAACUGUUUAGCUGCUCGAUAAACAACAUUCAGCGCAUUUGUCCAGAUAUUCGGCAAGCACCAUUAUGCGUCCUCAUUCGAAAUCAUUUUCUUUCAACGACUACGAUGUCAUCGGAUUUGACCUGGAUGGAACUAUAUUGAGAUACAAUCUGGACGAAAUGGUUCCCCUGGAAUAUGAACUUCUCUGUCAAUUCCUAGUUGAGCACAAGGGAUAUUCAAAAAACCUGUCGCGACUCCUAGACAAACCGGAUGAUAUAGAUUUUCUGCAAAAGGGUCUAUUUCUCGACGCAGAACGUGGAAAUCUUCUGAAGUUGGACAAUAAUGGAUGUAUCCUCAGAGCUAAUCACGGAACGAGGGCUAUGACUGAUUCAGAAAUUGUGGCUGUUUAUGGUGAGGAAAGGAAGUGGUCUGUGACAACACAGUUUAUAAAUGAACCCUUAUGCGCAUGGAAUGGUCCGUUGGCGGAAAAAUUGCGCUCUUUACUAGACUAUUUUGAUAUUAGCGUUAGUUUGGUUUUCGCAAAUGCUAUUGAUGAGGUAGACGCCUGUAAAAAGUCAGACCACAUAAACGAGAAGGCUUCUUAUAAUGUGUGGGCUGAUAUUCUAGAAGGCCUAAUACAUAUUUACACGAGGGAGAAUUUUAGCAACGGAAAGAGCGGUUAUUUUGAAAAACUGAAAAGCGAUCCAGAUCGGUUUCUACUUAAAACAAGCCCAGUUGUGAUCGACUGGCUCCGAGAACUAAAAGCUUCGAACAAAAAACUGUUUCUUUUAACUGGUUCGCAUAUAGAUUUUGCUAAUUUCACAGCCUCGUAUGCGCUCGGCGACAAUUGGAGAGAUUUAUUUGAUGUUGUGAUAUGUUUUGCCAGAAAACCCGGUUUUUUCCAUGGUUCGAGAGAGUUUCACCAAAUAGAAGGCUUCCAAGAAACUGACCCGAUAGCCUUAGACGGGGAGUUGCAUUUGAAUAAAGUGUAUUCCAUGGGAAACUGGAAACAGUUGCAGAAGUUUUUUGCACAAAGUAUUGACAUUGAUGUGAGUAAGAUUAAUUCGUUGUACGUCGGAGACAACCUUAUUCAAGAUGUAUACGCACCUGAAGCCCUGGCUGGCAUGGAUAGCGUUGCUAUAUCUGAAGAAAUGCUCUCCGAGUCGGUCACGGAUUCGUCAAACAAUUUCAAAAACAUAACUGCCUCGCGUUAUUGGAAUUCGUAUUUCUAUCACGACGGAAUGCCAACACUAUGGACGCAUAUAAUAACCAAGCACUCGAAGAUGUGUGUUCCAACGUUGGAACAUGCAGCUACGAAGCCAAUUGACUACAAAUUUAUGAUGAGCAAUGAAUUUGGCUUUUAUCCAUCGCCACCGGUCGUAGAAUAAACAAAACAGAAACACAAGCAAAGAGCACAAAUAUGCGCAUUUCUACACUUAACACUAUCGCUUUAGUAAUUUAAGUAAAAAAUAAAUAAUGCAUCUUAGUUCAUUAGAAUAAAAAAGGAAAAAGAAAACACAAUUUUGUAGCUAAUUUUGAAUAAAUAUAUUUUAUUGUUAUGUUAAUAGAAA